AUGCAGCCAACCGAAGACGUCCUAGAGGCCUUUUGCAUCUCGACCCCGCCAGUCCCAAUCAACGGUGGCAGGGGCUUAUGCUUGAGAGCGGGCGACACGAUCCUCAAGUCUUCAGACGACGAUGAAGAAUCAGAAUGGGUUGGGACCUUCUGCGAAUCCAUCACUGCGCCCGAGUCAUCCGAGUACCGGACGCCGCGGCCAAUUCGAUCUGAGCACGGCUUCGUCUACAAAGGCUGGACAGCUUGGACAUUCCUCCCAGGCAAAUGGGAGCCCAACUUCGAAGCCAUUCUCAAGGCUUGUCACUCCUUCCACGCUGAUGUUGCCAAGCUUGGUCUUGAAAAGCCGGAUUUUCUAGCGACAAGGCGGAAUCGGUGGACCGAAGCGGAUCUUGUGACGUGGGAAGAGAAGACGCUGAACGAGGUGGCCGACGUGAACGCCGAGAUCUUGUCCAUCAUCCAGCCCAUUUUGGACCAGCUUCUUCAACUGCGCAAGCCUUUGCCAUCGGAUCUAAAGAAUGAAUUGAUUCAUGGAGACAUGACGGGCAACGUUCUCUUCGACGACAAUCCGGACAUCCCUCUUGGCAUCAUCGACAUCACCUUCUACUGGCGACCUGCAGCAUAUGCAGAGGCGAUCGUCGUUGCUGAUGGUCUUGCGUGGCAUGGCCGUGGCCGAGAGCUCGUUGAAAUGCUCGGUACAGAUGAGGUGCGCAUACAGCUACUCGUGAGGGCAUUGUACUGGCGGUUCUUGACGUUCGCGAUUGACCCAGAUCUUGGCUGGGUGAGAGCCAACUUUCCGAAGACGGACUAUGGGAGGUGUGUGGAAAUUGUGCAAGGAUUCAUAAGGUGA